UGCAUAGUUCCUCGACUUAGUUUACUCUUUACUUAAUUAAUGAUGCGAGGCGCACCAGUCUAUUGCUUUGUGUUCCACUGGCCACAUGUGCUAGUGUGGGUCAGUGAGCAGCGAUACAGCGUUGAGGACAGACCCAAUUUCAAGUUUCCUCUUGUGUCCUCCAAAAUUCUUAAAAGUUGGGACAUCAAGUUGCUGUAUUUCCCUGUUUGCUCAAUAAUUCUGUGGCCAAAAACAAGGAACAUCUCAAGAUGGUUGAAGGAAUAAAAAGUCAAACAUGCAAGGUCUACUGGGUAUUUGUCAUGCUGUGUUUCAUGAUAUGGAUUGUCUUCUUACUCUUCCAGUAUCAGCUACUAUCAAAGCCACGCGCUUUGAGACUGAAGAGUGAGCCGCAGUCCCAGCCCUAUAAAGUGAACAAACAGAAACAACAGCCACAGUUGCCGCACUCCACAAUGGAUGCCUUCUUGAAAGAACAAUCUGAAGUGCAGCUCCAACGCCACAAGUACAUCCAGGAGUCAUGUGCUAACCACCCACACCUCAACGUGGGCGCUAUCAGCCACACAACAAAGAGACAGAUACUUGUGGUCGACAAGCAUAGGCUUCUUUACUGCUUCAUACCAAAGGCUGGAUGCACCAACUGGAAGACAGUAUUAAUGGUGAUGGAUGGAUAUCGGAAUAGAACGGACGAUAUCACAGGACCAAUGGCCCACAAUUACUACGAUAAAAGGAGACUCAGCUCUUACAACCAAACGGAGCAAAAAUACCGUCUGGAAACCUACACCAAGUUCACCGUCACACGGCAUCCAUUUGAACGUGCUCUAUCAGCGUACGGAAACAGGUUCGCAAACAUGGACGUUUACAGAGGGCGUCCGCCCUACCAAAAACUUGCCAGGUAUAUCAUGAAGAAGUUCAGGAAAAAUGCAACGCCCGUGCAGCUGAAGACUGGCGAGAAUAUUACGUGGGUUGAGUGGGUUUCGUACCUCACUAAAUCUCGCCCGGAAAAGUUUGACGUGCACUGGAUGGCGUACUUUCAACUAUGUUCUCCGUGCAAAAUAAACUACGACUACUUUGGCAAAUUGGACACCAUUUCAAAUGAUUCUGAAUACAUUCAGACAAAGUUGGGUAUACAAAAGAAAGUGUCGUUCCCGUCGAGAGAAACCAGUCUUCCGUAUAACAGUUCAGACAAAUUUGAUAACUACAUGAGUCAGUUAAGUCAAGAACAACUUCGAAAUCUUUGGGAGGUGUACAGGUUAGACUUUGAGCUGUUUGGGUACCCAAAACCAAAUUUGUCUUAAAAACAGCGUGGGUCAAAUUGUCAAUACGCCGCAUCUACCCUUCUUUGGGUGGACUGGGGAUAACAACGCUAAUUAAUAAGGGAAUCAUUGUGUGGUGAAGUGUGUUGAAUCGGUUUUCAACUAGUGGUUUAAACACCUCGCGAUGCCCUCUCGACCAAUCAGAAUAGAUAAACUGUCUUAGGUAUUUAUGAAUGGCUCUUCAUUGUAAGAGACGCGCUUGUUGAGGACUUUCUAAACACGUUUACAAUGAAACUAAACCAAACACACAAACAGACCCAAAAGUCGAAGUUUGGCUAACAUUAAUCACUCAAACAAUGUACCUAUAGGUUCGGGUUUGUGGAGUCCUGCCUCGUUGUUUUUGCUUUUGCCUUAUAUCAAUCAAAACUUUAAACGUUUGACAUCCAAGACAAGCUUUGGUAGGGUUGAAACUGCAGACAUUAAAGGCAGUGGACACUAUUGGUAAUUACUCAAAAUAAUUUUUUGGCAUAAAACCUUUCUUGGUGAUG